CUUCUUAUCUUCAUAUCGAGUUGUAGUAAUUUUGUGAUAUGCUCUCAAUCAUGAAACUUUCAGUCUUCCAAAUCUUCGUAUUUCUAUUAUUUAGCAGCUUCCUUUGUUGUCAAGCUGUGGUUCGUCACACUUUCAUUGUUCAAGAUACUGAAUACACAAAGCUUUGCAGCACAAAGACGAUUUUAACAGUGAAUGGACAAUUCCCUGGACCAACUCUUUAUGUCAACAAGGGAGACACAAUUAUUGUGGAUGUUUACAACAAGGCACACUAUAACAUCACAAUUCACUGGCAUGGAGUGAAACAACCAAGAUAUCCCUGGUCUGAUGGCCCCGAGUUCAUCACACAAUGCCCUAUUCGACCAGGACAAAAAUUUAGCCAAAAAAUUAUAUUUUCCACUGAAGAAGGAACCCUGUGGUGGCAUGCUCACAGCGAUUGGUCUAGAGCGACCGUUCAUGGAGCCAUUGUUGUUUAUCCAAAGAACAAAAAUUAUCCUUUUCCCAAGCCUCAUGCUGAUAUCCCAAUUGUAUUUAGUGAGUGGUGGAAGCAAGACAUCGUAGAGGUUUACAAUGAAUUUCUUCAUUCAGGAACUGAUCCCAAUAUUUCUGAUGCUUACACCAUUAAUGGUCAGCCAGGUGAUCUGUAUCCUUGUUCAAAAUCAGAGACGUUCAAGUUAAUGGUGGAUUAUGGCAAAACUUACCUCCUUCGCCUAGUCAAUGCGGCAAUUGGGGACAUUCUAUUCUUCGCCAUUAAGAAUCACCAACUCAUAGUUGUGGGAACAGACGCCAGCUACACAAAACCAUUAAAAGUUGAUUAUAUCACAAUCUCACCUGGCCAAACCAUCGACGUUUUGCUCGAAGCAAACCAACCACUCGACCACUAUUACAUGGCUGCCAGAGUGUACUCCAGCGCCGUUGGAGUUGCAUACGAUAAUACAACCACUACGGCCAUUUUACAGUAUAAUGGAAAGUACGCUCCCUCAUCGCCGUCUCCUUUACCAUAUCUCCCUUAUUAUAACGACACAAAUGCGUCGGUUAAUUUCACAGGGAGGCUGAAAUCCUUAGCCGAUGCAAAUCAUCCCAUUUCUGUCCCAUUAAACGUGAGCACCAAUUUAUUUUUCACAGUUUCUGUUAACACGUUGCCGUGUAUCCCAGGCAAUGCGUGCGAGGGGGAAAAUGGAACGAGACUCUCCGCUAGUGUUAAUAACAUAAGCUUUGUGUCACCUUCCAUUGACAUUUUAAAGGCUUAUUAUCUGAACAUUAGCCAUGUUUACAGCGACAAAUUCCCUAGCGAACCGCCCCUCUUUUUCGAUUUCACUGCGGAUUCAUUUCCUUCAUAUUUGGAGACUCCCAAACAAGCGACGAAAGUGAAAGUUCUUGACUAUAACACGACGGUGGAGCUUGUCUUCCAAGGCACAAAUUUACUUGCAGGGACAGAACAUCCCAUGCAUUUACAUGGAUAUAGUUUCUACGUGGUGGGGUGGGGAUUUGGGAACUUUGACAAAGAAAAAGAUCCUUUGAAAUAUAAUCUCGUGGACCCUCCUCUCCAAAACACCAUUGCUGUCCCCAAGAAUGGCUGGACCGCCAUUAGAUUCAAAGCAACUAACCCUGGAGUGUGGUUCAUGCACUGCCAUUUAGAGCGUCAUUUUACAUGGGGAAUGGAGAUGGUAUUUAUUGUCAAAAAUGGUAAGGGCCCAAAUGCAAAAAUAUUGCCUCCACCACCCGAUAUGCCACCGUGUUAAAUUAAAAUAUAGCAAAUGCUUCAACAAACUGAUUUAUUGGUUGUUAUUUUUAGCUUUAUUAUUCUAAUUUCUGGAAUUGUUGAAUGUAAUAAUUGUUCAUCGUCAAUUUUUUUAAAACACUUAUUUGAAUGGUCGGUUGGGCCACUAGUCAAGGUAUUGGUUUGUAAUAUUUAAUAAAACUACAUACACCAAUAAUAUAGAUAAAUUUAUAUACA